AUGUUGAUCAAGCUGGCCUCUCCUGCCACCUUCAAUUCCUACGUGAAUGCUGUGGCUCUACCCUCUGGCUGUUCCGCCGCUGGUACUAGCUGUCUGAUUGCUGGAUGGGGAAAUACACUCAGCAGUGGAUGUAAGUCAAAAGUUAAUUUUCUUUUAAAUAACUACAUUUGAAACUUAGAUACAGUAAAUGUACUGUCACAAAGAGGUUAGGGUCUUAAUAAUGUGAAAGGUGCAAAUUGGUAUCCUCUCAGCUGCAAAACAAGUGGAUGACUUUAAUAACAGAUAGAAGCCAAAAGCAAAUUCACCCUGACCACAUUAAAUAUGAAUAGUAACCUUAAAUACUUAAUUCUUAUGAUACCCUUACACCUAUCUUGUGUUAUUGCAUUCCUUUACAUAAAUUGUUACCUUUAAUGGAAUGCAUCCCUCAUGAACAUGUGACCCUAAAAUAUGAAGUCAUGAACUCUUUCUUUGAAAAAUGCUUUUAGCCCUAACUUUAUUGGUUCAAUUAAUAUAAGUGAAUGUUUCUAUUCUAUCACUUCUUCCCCUUCAAUUCACUAAGGCUUAGAUAGAUAGAUAGUUAGCUAGUCAGUUUGUAAAGUGAAUCUCCUUAAAUCUGUAAUCUUAAAGGCUUAUUACACGUUUUGCAACAGGAACACAAUUUCACAGCAGAAUAUUGCUCUGUUUUUUUAAUCACACAGUUUUCUUUCAUCUAUAACGUGUUUUUUGUAGCCAAUUACCCAGAUGAGCUUCAUAGCACUGUGACGGAAACCUGUAAUGAAAAAUAAAGAAAUACAUAAAUAAAACUAAACUUCUAGCAGUAUUAUAAUUGUAUAAAAGAAUAAUUAAAGAUAUGACAGAACUACAUUGAAGCAAAUUAUCUUAUUACAUGUAGUAUUGAUCUCACUGCAGACUAUUGCACUGUUUUAUUUUUAAGACAGUUCACUUUAAUCUGCUAUCUGUUUUUUUUUUUUUGCAGCCAAUUACCCUAAUGAUCUGCAGUGCCUGAAUGCCCCCAUCCUGACUGAUAGCCAGUGCAGUAACGCCUACCCUGGAGAGAUCACCAGCAACAUGAUCUGUGUUGGAUACAUUAAAGGUGGCAAGGAUUCCUGCCAGGUAGGUUAUCCUGAUCGUUCUCUUAUUUUGGGACAUUUUCGCUAGCUUACACUAUGCUUUUCAUGAAUCGCAAUUCUCAUUAAAAGCUUUAAAAAGUAGCUGCUACUUAGUACUCAGAAUAAAUAGUAUUUACAAGCAAUAGGUUAUUGCUACAUUUUCUUCUAUUCGGUUAGUAAUGAUAUGUGAAGUUAAUAAGGAGAAUGGUAAAUAAAGUGAAUAAUAGCAUAUUAGGGAAAUAACACUAUAUGUAUGGCUAUGUGUUGUAAUUCUGUGUAAGUCAAAAAGAUCAUAUGGUAGGAAAUAACUGGACUUGUGUACAAUUCCCUUCCUCCUACACUGAGUGAAUAAAAUGCCUGUCAAUUUAUGGACAAAUUAAUUGGUUCAUUCUUUUUUCAUUAGCAAUUCGAUUAAUUCAUCCUUAUGUUCACAGGUCUGUGAUCUGUGCACAAGUCUAGAUAUAACAUAUAAGAUGAAUAAAGAUGCAUAAGAGGAAAUUAAGCAAAUGGUGGUGAAAUUUAGCAAGUGGCAUGAGAUUAGGCAAAUUGUGGUUGAAAUAAAGCAAGCAUAUAAAAAUAAUAAGUCUGAUUCAUACUACAUAAAAAGUAAUCACAGUCCAAUCCACUACACUUCAAAUAUUACACUUCACAGAGGGAAAAUAUUUAAUACAUACAGUUUAGAACUGUGGAUAGUAUAACAGAUACAGCAACAUAUAAUUAAAUAUACUAAUUUUGAAAUAUGGCAGAGGUUUUUUGCAAAUUGGAGCAAAACUUACUUUUGGGAAAACAUUACAUGGUUUAUUCACUAAAGGAAUUAACUCAAAAGAGAUUCAAAGAGGAUUUACAUUUUUAGAUCACAAUAACAAAAUUAGAAGUAUAGUGGACAUGAGGAAUUUAAAAAUUUUCAGCUAUUUUGGACUUAAAUCUAAAAUCCCAUUUGAGUUCCUGACAAUUCUUACAUUAGUAAAUAACCCUGUCGGAAUUCUUAAAAAUUAAGAAAUGACCUGCAAAACUGCUGAAUUUGAAGAAAAUAUUUCCAAAUCAGUCAGAGAUUUAUUGUUUGAUGGAUAUAUUAUUUAUUUUUCAACUCAGCUUUGUUUUUCCCGUAAAUGUCAGUAAAAUAUAUUAACCCCUUCACUACCAAGCACCUUUUGAUUGAAAGAAAUAUAAGCAUAUCAUGUAUUUAAAGCAAGGGAUGAAUAGCUAGCAUUUGAACAUAUACUUAAAACAGCAAUUUUGUGUAUUAUUAUACAUUAUUUUCCAGACAAACUUUAAAAAAAACUUAAAAAAUAUAUAUUUUAUACAAAUCACUGGAGCGCUAAAUUAAUGCUAACUGUGAAAUGACAGAGCUCAUUCACUGCUUCCCUUCCCCCCCGCCCUUCAACUCUAUGAAUGGUAUGACCCAUUGAAACUCCCUUUACUGUUUGAAAGCAGGAGGUGAGCUUACAUUUUCAGCACAUUUCCAGGUAUUAAAUCAAUGACUAUUGGCUUACGGCAGAUAAAUCAGUCCCUUUAGUAAUCAGCCAUAGGGUAUAAAUGAGGGAUACUAAAUUUUGUUUUGCAAAAUACAUGAAAGUAAAAAAAUGUAUAUUCGAUUAUGGGAGUGAAGUCAUUAAUUGAUUUUACUAUGUGAUUCAGUUAACCUGGUACUCUGCUGUUGGACUGAUUCAUCAAACGUGCAAAUUUCCUUACUAAGGAAUUUGGCAAAACCCAUACAUCACCCAGUUUUGUUUUUCUAUGGAAGUCAUGUAGGCUCAUUCAAUGAAUAAAACUUGCUUGUAGUAUUAUUUCAUAUAUUUUGUUCUUAUGAUUAUUUAAAUUUUUAAUGUUUUCUUAAUUAUGGCUAAUUUUCAAACACAUAUUGAAUCAUUAAUAAUUUUUCUACUGAAUGGAAUUAACAUUGAUAAGUUUAGAUUUUAUAGCACGCUAUGCUACCAUAGACUAUUGAAGUAAAGUUGGUCGAUGCAAAACUAAUCAUUUCCAUCUUCCUUCAGGGUGAUUCUGGUGGCCCCGUGGUUUGUAACGGUCAGCUCCAGGGCGUUGUGUCCUGGGGAUAUGGCUGUGCUCAGAGGAACUAUCCUGGAGUCUACUCCAAGGUCUGUAACUUCAAUUCCUGGAUCCAGAGCACCGUUGCGGCUAAUUAA